UUUUGCACUUGGUAAGCAGAUCCGCAAACAUAUGAUGGCCUGUAUGAUGCAAGCCAUGCUAAUUUAGCAAAGCAUUUCUGACAAGACUUUCCUCAUCCACGCAAAUAUAAAAUCAAGCCGACGUUACUUUCUUCCAUACUCAACAAUCCUCAAUUUACUUCACACCGCAAUCUCAUUUCUCAUCUCUAAAGACCGCAUUCAGCUAAGAGAUUCAAAAUGCCCAUAGAGAUAUUUGGCAACCUAAACUUUUACCGCGUCUGCGGGGACUUCGUCCAUUUCGCGGCGUUCUUCAUUCUGCUGAUCAAGAUUUGGUUCUCAAAGUCGGGAUGCAAAGGUGUGAGCGGCAAAAGCCAGGUGCUCUACGCCAUGGUCUUUGUGACAAGAUACGUGGACUUAUUCUUAAACAUAAAAUGGAUAUCUAUGUACAACACAGUUUUCAAGUUGAUCUACAUAUCUCUGGCUCUUUUCACUGUGGCUUCAAUUUAUUGUGACAGGAAUAAAAAUUAUUCCUCAAAAAGGGAUAAUUACGGAAUUUUCGGCUGGAUUGCUAUUGCUUUAGUUCUCUCUUUUUACUAUAACCAUGUAUAUUCUGUUAUGGAGUUUUCAGAGAUUUCCUGGGCAUUCUCCAUUUGCUUGGAGGCAAUUGUCAUUCUGCCGCAGAUGCAUCUGUCUCAGAAAUCAACUGAAUCAGACAACUGGAUCGCAAGCUAUUUGUUUGCACUUGCUUCAUACAGAGGAUUUUACAUUUUGAAUUGGAUCUUCAGAUACCAAGUGGAAGGCCAUUAUAAUGUACUCCAAAUGACGGCAGGAGUUGCUCAAAUGAUGUUCUAUAUCGACCACUUUCUCAAAAUGCGCGCAAAACAUCAAGAAAUUCAAGAACAAGAAGGGCAUGUCACUGGAUUUUCAGCACUGAAAAACGUCCAGCCUGUUGGACUCGGAGAACAUAAUGAGAAAGCCAACGGCCUUCCUAAUUGUGCCAUUUCAAUGCAUCCUGUGGUCGAAGAUAAGAAAAUGCUAAUUGCUUAAGUGAAACCAGCAGACACACUUGCAUAAAUAUGACUUUUUCAAUAUUUGGGCGCACCUCACAUAUGCAGCCAUAACCACAAUAUUGAAAGUAAAAAUAGAGAUAACUAGAAUACCACGAUACUGGAGUGCACGUACUAAGCUUAACCGAACUCUUAGAAAUAACAACUUCCGGCCUCCCUUUAAUCUCCCAAACAUCCUCUCAACCCAAAAUAAGCAAAUCUACAUAGAACUGCACGAGCUGUACAAGAAAAUCUUCCCUGCAGCACGAUACUAAAAACUAGACCUGUUAAAAAUUAGAUCUGGCUGAAUGGUCACCACCAAAGCCAAAAAAUACAAACACAACAACAACAACAAACAACAAGAUAACUAGAAUUGCUCCUCUUUUUUGACUUAUCAAUAAUGUUUAAAAGCAAAAUAUAACAAUUCUGCAUUUAAAAAAAAAAAAUAAUGAAAAAAAAAUAUUACGGAUAAGCCUGCAUUCUGUGUACUCAGAAUAAUAAAAACAUUUAUGAUAAGCUGAUUACAUUUUUUUGUGAGAUUUUUUUAUAUCACAAGCAUGUGGAACCUGGCUUAAUUAAAGACAAAAAAAAAUUGAAACAAAGAUUCAGUAUAGCGGAAACUCUAAAUCAUUAUGGUGAGAAGGCUGAAGGGUCUUAUAAUUUACGACCAACGUGUCACAUUAUCUACUGGUGCCGCUUCAAUAGACCAGAAAAAAAACACACUAAAAAAUAUUCUAGUUUUCUUUUAAGCAGGCAGUCACUGUGAGCUUGGCAAAAGUAUUCUCAGUGUCAAAAAAGGGUGUGCACUGCACACGUCUAGCUAUUGUAUUUUUGAAUUUAUUUACAAGCCAGAGCUGUUUGCGGAGUUAAUUUAAGGUAUUUUACACCACAUAAACUGGCUGCACGCUUCCCAGGUAACCUCAAAGAUAUACGUCAUAUUAUUGAGCUUAUAACAUAAAAAUAUACAGGGAUUUUCAGCUGCCUGUAUUUAGCAAGCUGACAAUAAUGAAAAUGGCUUCUGUCGGUUUUUCUGGACUCAUUCGUGGCUUCAAAGGAAUUUCCAUAGACAGUUUUAAUGUUAAAAACCUGGUAAACUGCUCCAGGUUUUUCUUAUCACAUUGCCAUGCAGAUCACAUGGAAAAUAUUAAAGGAUUUAUAUCCAAAGCCCGCGAUAAUCCAGACCUUCGACUUUUCUGCACAUUGGAGAGCUCCAUCAUCUUGCGCAAUAAAUUUUACAGGCCCAAUUGGAAGCAUCAAGACAAGAAUGCUCUGGAGAGUGUAAUAAGAACACUGAAAAUGGGAAUGUCUUACACAAUCUUGGUACCCGAGCAUGAAUAUGAAACAAACGUGACCGUCCUACCAGCUUUUCAUUGUGCUGGGUCUUGUAUGUACCUUUUCAAAAGGAAUGACCACAGAGUUUUGUACACGGGAGAUUUUCGCUUUCAGAAACACGAGCUUGCUAAUAUUCGAGCCCUGCAUGAAAAUAAUGGAGCGACCAUUGCAUUGGACACAGUGUACUUGGACACCACUUUCUUCAAGCAAGCGAGCAACCACUUUCCAUCAAGGAAGGCGGUACUGAAAAUGAUAAUACAGGAAAUCGACGACUUCUUGGAAAAGUUUAAAACUGGAUCAGUGUUCAUUACAAGACCAUAUUAUCUUGGAUCAGAGAUCAUCAUCAGGGCACUUUCUAAAAAAUACAAAUGUCCUGUUCACGUUGAAUGGCACGCUUACAAAUUGUAUAAAGGAAUCCGCGAAGUUUUCCCGUUCAUCACUACAAACGCCCGCAACACAUUCAUUCACCUGCGAACGCGAUACGCAAAUGGAAAGCAAACGAUUGAAGGCCAAAACGCCUUGCAAGUUCAUGCGUCUGCAAUGUGGUACGCCCGAAACGGAAAGAGCAGGAAAUGGAUUCAAAGAGAUGACCAAGGACGAGUGAAAAUCGCGCACUCGACGCAUUCAUCUCGAUCUGAAUUAUCCGAGUUCAUAAAAUAUUUUAAACCUCACUCAGCAGUGGCGAUAUCAAUUCCCAGUGGAUACUCCCAAAAGGAAGUACGUUAA